AUGGCCGGGCACUUUCCGCAAUUCGAGGCUACUGCAAUGAGGUGGACAGGUCGCAAGGAACUGAUCUCCAGUCACAAGCUUGCCUUGAAGCAGUGUGGUGUGGGGGUUGCCUUUCGUUUCGCUCCGUCGGGGUACCCAGCCUGGGGAUCCUGGGUCGCGAGUGAUAUUAAAACACGAGUCGGAGACUCUCGAGAUGCCUUUGUCCAGGAUAUGACCGUGCAAACAGUGUAUUCGAGCCACGAGUUCAUACAUCCGAGUCAGUGCAUUGUCAAGGCGGGGGAGUUCAACAAGAAAGGCUUCGCCAAGUGA